AUCAAGGUGAACAGGUGAACGGCGGGAUUUACGUACGGACAGCAACAUUUCUUCUGUGCAAUUCCUGACAAAAAAAAAUAGCUUUCAACAAAUCUUUCCACUGCUGACGCUUAUGUUUCGUGUUACGCUCGCCAAUUUGCCUGCUUGCCAGCUUGUUGCCCGCGAAGAAGAAACAUCAAGUCAUAACAGGAGGAAUGUGUCUGCUUGAAAAUGCAUGUUUUUGCCUGCUGCUAACUUUCUAAACGUUACAUUUUUAAGUGCGUGGACCAAGGGCUUCUCCUUGCUUGGAUCUGGAAGAUAUAAUCUCUGACAAUGGCAGACUACAGGGUGUUCAAUGUUGUUAUCCUGGGCUUGGGUUUUUUGUUUAUUUUUACUGCUUUUACAACAUGUGGAAACAUUGAACAAACUGUGAUUAAAAGCAUGGCGAAUAAGACUGUCAUAGGGAGUGGUUACCACAGCCUUGGUAUUAUAUAUGGGGUUUUCUCAGUCUCAAAUUUGUUUGCUCCUACUGUGGUUAGUGUACUUGGACCACGCCUUACCAUGUUUCUCAGUGGAGUACUUUACAGUGGUUACAUUGCUGUAUUCAUCCUCCCAGCAACAUGGUCGCUUUACAUGACAUCAAUUCUGAUUGGUGUGGGAGCAGCCAUGCUUUGGACAGCUCAAGGACACUUCCUGGUGCAGAAUUCAGAUGCUGCCACUAUCAACAGGAACACGGGAGUUUUCUGGGGACUGCUACAGUGCAGUAUGCUAUUUGGCAAUCUGUACAUAUAUUUUGAUUGGAAUGGAGUAACUGAAAUAACAGACAGCAACAGGAAGACCAUGUUCAUUGUCCUGCUGGUCAUCUCUGUGCUGGGAUCACUGUGCUUCAGCGUGCUCAGAAAGUCUCAGCAACAGGAAGAAGUCCUGUCAGAGGAGGAGGGACAGUCCUUACUCUCAGCCCGUGUGAUGUAUAAGCAGAAAGCAGCUUCUGCUAUCAGAGAAGCCAAGUCAGACCUCAGAACUAUGUUACAGCUGUCUCGCUCUAGAACUAUACUCCUCCUAAGUGGCUGUAUGGCAUACAGUGGUUUGGAGCUGUCCUUCUACAGUGGUGUGUACGGAACUUGCAUCGGAGCGACAUCUCACUUCGGAAAAGCAGCCAAAGGCUUAAUUGGGCUCUCAGGGAUAGUGGUGGGAAUUGGGGAGAUAAUUGGUGGGGGCUUGUUCGGACUCGUGUGCAAGAACAACCGUCUCAGACGCACCUCUGUGGUGUUCCUGGGGAUGGUGGUACACUUCAUUGCCUUCUACCUGAUCUUCCUAAACAUCCCGGACGAUGCCCCGGUGGUUUUUAAAACCGGUACGCAGCAUCAGCCGUACCUGGUUCCAAGCGUGUCCAUCGCCCUGCUCUGUAGCUUUUUGCUUGGUCUUGGUGACAGCUGUUUCAACACUCAGCUCUACAGCAUCCUGGGAAGUGUAUAUGCUGAACAGAGUGCACCCGCGUUCACCAUCUUCAAAUUCAUCCAGUCCAUCUGUGCAGCGGUGGCAUUCUUCUACAGCGGCUAUCUCCUCCUCUCCUGGCAGCUGUUGGUCAUGGUGCUGAUCGGAUUCGUAGGAACCCUUUGCUUCUUUGUGGUGGAGAAGUUGCAGAAUGUGGCUGUAGCUUUAGAACAACAAUGACGUUCAUGAUUUCGCUCUCCUUUCCGUUAUAUGGUGCCAACAUGUCAUAUAAUUAAAAAAAAAAAAAUCAAAAACAAAAGCAUAUGCACUAUUUUGCAUCAGCUUCAACUGAAUUAAUUCAGUACACACUAAUGAUGCCAUUUAUGAAUAAUUUAUAUUUAUCUGGUUGAUAAUUGUUAAGUAAACUGCCACUUGAUGAAGACUACAUUUCUAUUUUAAAGUAUAUUUUCAAUUUUUAUAUUAGAUAACCUCCUCCCCAAUAGUGGCUGUCUUUAUGCAUUUCUCUCAGGGUUAUUUAAGAAUGCUGUUCUUGCUGUUCCUGAUCAUAUGUGGUAUAUUUCAUAUUUUAUGCUCUAAUGUACUUGAACAUUGGCCUUUUUUGAGACGAUCAGAAUAUUAUAUGUACAAGAAGAUAUUUUUUCCGUUACUGAAAUGACACAUUUGAUACAUUUAGACCAGUUUUUUAUAAUGUUUGUGGAAAAGUAGGGCUUUAUUGAUUUAUUGGUGAUUUAUAUUUUCACAGGGCCCCACAGUCCUGUAAUAAUAGUCAGGGACAGUGGUGAGACAGGUAUGUCAUUGCAAUUGAAAAGUAACCAAACAUAAUUCUUAUAUUUUCCUUUCACAGCUAUCAAAAUGCACCCAUCCUUUCUCUUAACUCUCUCUUAGCAGUAUGGCCAUUACAAGUGAAUGUCAGGUUACUGACAGAUACUGGCAGAUACUGCUUACAUGAUAAUUUGUUGGCUUGUAUAUUAAACCCAAUAGCAAGACUCAUUGCUGAUUGGCCUUUGCUC